GCGACGUCAUAACGGCGCCAAGUUACGGCCCUGGUUUUCUGGAAAUCGUCAGUGAUCCGGGGCCAUUAAACGCGUUGUAUGUGUCUUGCAAUUUGAUCCUGGGAGCGCUCGGUGCGCCGAUCGGAGAGUAAUUUACGCGAAUUCCUCGCUCGUCGCCGUCGUCCUGUGUUCUCUUUUCGUGUGUUCCCCCCGUCUCAUCCUUUUCUCUCUCUUGCUCUUUCUUUUUCUCUCUCCACUGUUUGCAGCUUUGUAGCCUUUUACCACCCUCCAGGUGGCCCAGUCCUCUUUUCUCUCAAGUUUUGUCUUUUAGAUUGUCGCGAGUAUCUUCGUCGCAAAUUUCAAUCUUUUCCCACCGAAUUUUCACUCAUUUUCGUCCCUAUUUUAUCAUUGUUUUUUUUAUUACCCUUCACUCGUUAUUCCCGCUGUUUUACAUCUCUGAAUAAACAAGGCGAAGAACAUAAUACAAAAGUUUCAACUUUUUUGCACCGGGGGGCCCAUCGUUUCGUGCACGUCUUGUGAUUUUUUCUGCAAGCUAAAUGAUUGGAAUUUAUCGCUGAGCUGUGAUGCAGGGCAUUAUGCCGGUUAAGACGAAAACCAGGGUGACCGAAAAUAUGGGAGUUAACGGAGGUCUCGUCGACGCUCGCGCCAAACAAGUGCUCAGAGAAGCGGUCGACGCGGUCGUCAACAGUUUUGCGAAGCAUACCCAAGGCUAUGGAAGAGUUAACGUCGUGGAAGCCCUGCAAGAAUUUUGGCAAAUGAAACAGAGUCGAGGAACCGAGCUCCGGAACGGAGCCCUCGUCAUAUACGAAUCCGUGCCAGGGGCCAGUCCUCCGUACGUUUGCUACGUCACUCUCCCCGGGGGCUCGUGUUUUGGAAGCUUUCAAAAUUGUCCGACGAAGGCAGAAGCUCGUAGAUCAGCGGCUAAGAUAGCUCUUAUGAAUUCGGUCUUCAACGAGCAUCCGUCGAGGAAAAUUACGGACGAUUUCAUUGAGAAAGCUGUUGCCGAGGCGAGAGCCAGUUUUGCCAAACCUGCUUCAACUUCGACUGGCGUUGGCACAGUAUUGAGCCAGAGUGCGAACGAUGAGAAAGAGGAUCCGAACACAGGAAUCGGUGCUUUUCGUUUCAUGCUCGAGUGCAAUCGUGGCAGAACGAUGCUCGAGUUCCAAGAACUGAUGACAGUUUUUCAAUUAUUGCAUUGGAACGGUUCGUUGAAAGCGAUGAGAGAGAGACAGUGCAGCAGACAGGAAGUCGUCGCUCAUUACAGCCACCGCGUAUUGGACGACGAUAUGAGAAGUCAAAUGGCGUUGGAUUGGGUGGCACGAGAACACGAAAGUGGUGGCGGCGUCGUUGCCAUGGAAUUGAUCGUCGCUGAGAGGGAAUUAGAAACUGCGAGAUUGGCAGGUCGCGAAUUGAGAUUCCCCAAGGAGAAAAAAGAUAUUCUUAUGCUCGCUCAUGCACAAGUUUGUCCACAGUGAUUUCGUACUCGCAUUUCCAUCGGCUGCCUCGAUCAAAAUUACUAUUACCCCUUUGUUCGUUGUUGAAAGUCUUUCCAUGCUCAAAAGCUAAAUUUAGGACGUUUCAGCAUGAGAACAAAAACUUUUACUGGCUCGAGGGACUCUUUUUAAAUGGUGAAAACUUUCGGGUGAUUUUUGUCUAAAGACUUUUUAUUUCAAGGGACGCGGUAGCGAUUUGACGCCAACUACGAAGAAAUUCACUUCUAUGCUGAUUUGAUAGUCUCCGCAUUUUGGUGGAAUUUUGGAAUUUAACUUUUUAUGAAUUUCAUACUCUAUUGACAUAAUGAGGAAAUUCAUUUGGACAGAAUUAGUGCAAAAAAUACUGAGUGGGCGGGGGCAAAUAGUGCCACAAAUGCGGAGAUUUUUCUCCCCCAAAGGGGUUUUUCUUUCAGGAGUCCUGAGAGUUCGAAUUGGGGCAUACGAUACCGUAUUUUACGCAGGAGUAUUGGAUCUCCGAUUGAAAAAAAAACUGAAGCCUUUUCAUAUUUAUUAAUAGUGAAAGUAUCGCAUGGAAAUAACACACGAAUUCAAUGUGCCCUCGAUGCGGUUUUAAUUCGAAAUCAUGUGUGCUAGUCACGUUUAUAAAUGUGGAUUAUUGAAAAAAUGCAAUAUUAUUCAGGUGACACAAUUGCUCAUUCGCUUUUGUUGGAUGAAACUCUUCAAGUGUUUUUAUAUGUCCGGGAUAAUAGUUGAAAAUCAUUUUCUCAUUCGCACACAAUGAUUUCACAUUUAUUUGUCUCUGAGAAAGACAAUUGCUGCAUUUACUAGAGAAGAAACUUCUUCCAAGCUCGUUCCUCAAAAAUUCCUCAAAAACGAAAUUCAUUGUUUUUAUUUAUAUUUUUUCAUCACCAAAAUGUGAAAAUUUAUAACGUAUAACUCGAAACGAAUUUCUGGUCACGCGAAACGAAUAUUUAGGUCGAUUGUUAUGGAAAAAUUGUGAAUAUCAUAAACACUGGUUUGUUACGAAAAAAAAAAAAACAAAUUUUAAAGCGUACAAAUUGGACGUAGACAGAAAA